UAACACAUUUUUUGGGAAUACGUUGGGGUUCCUUUAGGGUGCAUCGUACAAAAUAAACUACAUCGAUGAGGUAAUACCCAAUUUUUGUGAAACUGACAUAAAAUCUCAGUUUUCAAUGAGACCAUCCCCACGCUAUUGCCCCACGAAAAUUAAUGAUAACCUAAAUGAAAACUAAAACUCCAAUUCACCAACCUAACCGUCUGUAACUAGCAAGUUACUAGGAAGUUCAGAUUGUAUAAAUCACUAGCUACUUGCAGGAGCAUCUUAUGAAAAAUACCUGGGAAACUUGGAUAGAUGGACUUAUGCCUUAGUUAAACUUAGUUAAGUUAAUUCGAAAAUCGACUAAACUAACAGCGAAAACUAAACGCUUAAAAUGUCUACUUUGAACAGCAAAGAAGAGAAUUAUUCGAGUACUAAAGCCCUUCUCACAGCCAACUCUCGCUCUGGAAUAUUGUUACUCUCAUUCUUCCAACGAUUCUCCCGCUCUUAUUUUUAGUAAAAUCCUAGUCGGGGAUUUUCUCUUCAGGCACCUCUUUCAAAAAAGCCAAAACUUCAUGAAAACCUCCAGCUGACUCUUCACUCGAGGAGUUGGAUCGAGGAGUUGGAGCAAAUUCUUGCCAAUCGCCAAAAGGUUCCUUAGACUGUGUGUUCUGUGCCUGUCCAGUGGAGUGUUCAGUGGAAUCGUGGAAAAUUGCGAUCACGCGUACUUACCGGCAGUAUAGUGUACGGUUUUGCUGAAUUGAUUUAGACCAAACUAUUUGGAAUGGCAAUUAGAGUGAAAGUAAUUUAAUAAUAAACAUUGCAAAUGCGAAACAUAUGCACUGUUGACAUUCGUGAAUCUGCGUUGAAGAGAAAUGAUUUAAUCCACAAGCAUAACUCGUAAAGUGUAUAACAAGUGUAUAAGCUGCUAACAUACUAAGUAUGUGCUAGUAUGAAAUAUGUACGAAAAAAAUUUUCAACAAGAUGAUACACUGAAUAUGUAGCGAUGAUAUUGGUCAGCUGGCAUAGGAAAACAAGCCAAUUGUCACUCAUAUCAGGUUUCACAAGUAAUCAUACUUAAUAAUUUCAAAAAGAGGAAAUAAAAUUAUCUACACAUAGGCCAACAAAACAAUGUACCAGAACUACGUAUUAAACUCGACAAGUAGAUGAUACCAGCAUAAGUUUCGCUUCUAUAGUGUAUUAUCAAUCUGGUUUUGGUUUUUUGUUGAAGUAAGACGCAGAAAUACGGUCCCUCAGAACUACAGCUUCAUCACACGGAGGUCUUCAGACCUAAAACUAAUAAAGGGAUGAAGGUUGACAAAGCUGUGUCCACUGGUACCCUGGAGGAUCUGAGCAGCGCAAUUCAAUUUGAAGCAGUAUUUUCAACACUAGUUGAAAAUAAAAUUUUGUCAAUAAAACGGGAAUCUGAUCUGAAAAAACGUCAUAAAAAGUCGCGUCUUUUACGAAGAGUUCUGUUGGGAGGCAAAGCUGUUGGACCUGGUUGUUGUCCCCAUGUGGUAGCCUCAAUUACAAGUAACAGCAGUAGCAUUGAUUGUGAACGAAUAGAUAGCAUCGAAAUUGAGAAUGCAGCCAGAUCUGAGCCAGAAAAUCCUACAGGAAUGAUUACAAAUACCAAAACAUUAGAUACAAAUCACACGGUCGCAAGUGCCAUGAGGGAUUUCAUCCCACGAUAUGGUGAUGAAGAGGUGAUGAUCGAAGUCGGUGACCUUUCAUCGUUAUCUGAUGAUGACGGCAAAGAGGUUGUGACAUCAAAUAUAGAAUCAUCUCAUGAACGCAACGAUGUUGUUCCUAAAUGCGACUAUUUUUCAUCUCCAAACAAUUGUCAUAAUCGAACAAAGUAUGUGAAUAGCCCCAAGACAAACCAGACCUAUUCAUUGGAACUGCAAGAUAGAUCAAAUCAAACGGAUUGUUUGCAAAGUAAAAAGAACCCAUCUGCAUUAUCACGAAAAUCAUCAGUAUUUGAUCCCAUAUCGAUCGAAGUAGAAUCUGAACACUUCGUUCUCGAUGAUAGCGUGUCGAAUGCUUCAAUAGAAAUGGAUGGGGUAAGCGAAGUAUCAGAUAUGCGACGAAGUAUCGUAUCCGAGCCGAUAUCGAUUAUUAAGAAUUCCGUUCACGCACGUGGUGCUGCGCGACUGUUUGGAAGGAGUUCGUUGCUUUCAGCAGGAAAUGCGGCCAAUCGAAUACGAAUCCUCGAAGCAAAAUCAAUCAGCGCUCAAAACAGUCCGGUACUGCCACGUCAAAAAUCAAAAAUCAAUGAAGGUAGGCAUCUAACAUUUAGUACUGCCACCUAUCAAAAACAUUUGACAAAAGCGAGUGCAAGCGAUUGUGAUAAUUCGAUCAUAGUUGAUCUUAGUCUAUACGACAAGGAUCAGCAACAGCAAGAACAUAACUCCACUGUGAUAGUCGUGAACAAGUCAGUGUCGAAGACUGGCGACGGUAGACUUAGUGCCGUAACCAAUAGUAGCAAGAAGUCAUCCCUACUACUAGAAGAAAAUACCAGUAGUAAUAUCACUAGUAAAAAAAUCAGAUUGACUCAAGCCCUUUACAACGACCACGGCAGUACUAACCCAGACAUCGGCAAUAUAACAGCAGAACCAUUAGCAAAGGCUUUGCCUACUUUAGAGCCUAUUAAAAGCUUUAACCAACUGACCGCAGCAAACUUACCUGUGAUAGCAACACGUAUCGAUCUUCAUCAGUCAUCGCCGGUUAGUGAUAUGGUUAAACUACAACAGUUUCGACGCGCCUCGGGUUGUACUAAAUCGAGUAAUUCAGUUGGCGAUUCGAAUCAGUCGGGCUCAGUUGCAAACCUAUGUACUUUAGCCAAUCUUGCAAGUUCUGCCAUACAAGAUGAAGCCAAUAAUGAGUUAGGAUGCAGACAAAUGACUGCUGCAUGUAACAAUUGUCGACUUGAAGAUCAACAUCAUCAUGUUUACCAUCUCAAACACCACAGUUUAUCAAAACGUUCAAGCUGCGAUGUCGAGCAGCAUCAUAAAUCUCCAGGAAUCAUGCCCUCAGCAGCUCCCAUCGGGUUUACCAACAAUGUACAAUGCAGUUAUCAAUCCAGUACAAAUAAAUUUCAUCACCGCAAAGGGAGCGGCACGAUCGCAACAAACAGUUAUGGCUACAACGAUGACUGUUCUUCCUAUAUUAUGGGCUACGACAUUAACGAGAGUGAUGAGGAAAAAUUAAAUAAAAGAAAGUAUAAAUACUUAAAACGUUGUUCAGAUCCGGUCAUUGCCUUCCCAACUACCAGCAGCGGUACGGGGCUCACUAACAGUGGCUUGCAUCGUUGCAUACUUAGUCGGCCGCCAAAUCAGCCACCGCAGAUCCCAUAUGAUGAUGAUUUCAUUUACGAUGUUUCUCUGCAAGUUGAUUCCGAUUACCAUGCAGAGGAGCUAGAUUCCGUUGAGCAUGAGCACAAGAAAAAAUAUAAACGACACCAUCGUCAUCAUCAUCGACACUGUAAAAAGAAAAAAUACAAAAGACGUAAAAUCCUUGUGCACGACUUGGAUGACCAAAGCGUUAAGGUAAUUGAUCCAGAUGAUCUACCACAGCGUGCUCGUUGGACGAUCAUAGCGACUGCGUGCUUACUACUGAUAAUGUGCCUAUUGUUAGUUGGUAUAACCCUGCGAAUGGCUCCUAUUAUUGAUGAUAUGGUAAGACAAGAAAAUGAGCGACUAAUGCGGGAAUCCCUCGAUAGAGCAAAGAUGAUCAAAAACUACACCGAGUACAAUCGUAUCAUUGGUGGUGAUGACAUUCCUUAACGAUUUAUGCCAUUCAAAGCCUAUCGUUCAUACGUAUUGCGACAUGCGACUAUUGGUUUUGUUUUUCUUACUGGAUGCGUCGUUUUUCGAAGCUUGGACUUUCAUCGAUAGCGAUUGACAUAUUUGGAGAUCAAAGACAACAAACAAACAAAGUAAACAAGUUUGAACUAUUGCAGUUUUCCCGUUGCUGAAAUAAAGCAAAUGAUAAAAAAAUCCAUUACCAACCUUAAGCAGUGAUUUAAUUUUUUAUAACUAUUAUCUAAAAACCAAUAUAAUACCAAUUGCUACGUUAAAGAACUAUUAUUUUUAAAGCUCUUUCUUACACAUUGUUAUUUAAAUAUAUAGUAUUAUUUAAAUGUCUUGUUCAUUAUUUAUAUGUAUCCUUAUCAUUAUUCAGUUAUAGUACUAUGGUGGAGAAAAUAUUAAUUUUAUUAUUUAAAUAUUACCGUUUUACCUUUAUUUGAUUUAUAUUUAUGUACAGUUUGAGGAUCAAGACAAAUGUAUGUAAUUUUUUUGCAAAAACUAUAUUAUAUGUGAAAAUGAUAAUGUUCAAUCAAAACGAGGUUGGGGUUUUUAAAUAUGUCGAAAAUCGCCGACGACACUGAUAAAAUAUGUUCAAACAAAUUGUUUUCGAUCACAGCACAGCUCAAGUGCUGAUACACAUAUAACACAUCAGAGACGAAUCAAACACUUUUGUUGAAUACAUAAUUGUUGAUAGGAUAUUAGAGAUCUUAGGUAAGUUGCAUGAUAAUUAACGAAUUAGGUACAUUGCGUCUUAAAGGCGCUGUAAAACAGUCGUGUUAUUAGCUAUCUCGUCAAAAAUGUAUCAAUAAGUUUAUCGGAAACAGUGUAUAACCGGUUAUGAACAUUAUUACCAAAAUUAUAGUUGAUGAGGCAUAUUACUUUAUGAUGAAGAAGGGUUUGAAUGAUUGGUGUUUUCUAUUCUAUUACUCUUCUAUUACUCUCAUGAUGUUGAUAAUUAAUGUGUUAGAACAUCUCAAACAACAUUUCCGAUUCAUUUUAAGCAUGUAAUAAUUAUUUAGGAAAAAACCAAAGAGAAAAUAGUUUAAGAUUGAAAAACAUAAUUAAAUAGGGUCUCGAAGUCUUUCACUAAAUCCUUUAUAAGAAACUAUAUGACCAGCCAAUUAUAAAUUAUAUUUAUUUUACAUAGUAUUCAAUGCUACCGAACAGAUCUGAAACUUUCGCUAUCGUGGAAUUAUAUGAUUAACAAACGAUCACAUCGUAUUCAUACAAAUAUAUAAAUGAAAGUAGCGUACGUCUUAUAACGGAGUUUUGUCAAGUGGUUUAAGUUUGUCGAUUAUUGUGGUUAGAACAAAAACUAAGUACUAAACAUAAAGAACUAUUUGUGAUCAAAUUUAAAUUAUUUGAUUUUGAUUUACUCAUUUCAUAGUCAGAAAAAAUGACUUAAAUCAGAAGAUCAAGUAUAGGAUUAGGCAGUCGAAAUUCAAGGAGGCUACAAUAGUCGAGUGGCAGAACGAAGUUGGCAGGGUCAACUAGUUUAAUAUAAACGGUUAAAAAUAAAUGGUGCUAAGUAAGCAAAUUUAUUCUUUAUAUUACUGUUGUGUAUCUUGUGGAAUUAUACAUCGCAAUCUAUUUUAACAAUAAUAGUUAAUAUUGUAUGUUUUUAAACACAUAUAAAAAUGGAUGAGACCUAUGAUCACAUUAUCAUUAUGUUGGCUAAACUUAUAUUCUCAUUUAUUAUUAAAACAAAUUAUUUUCCAAUGACUACUCAAUUAUCAAUAAAACCAAAGACGUUGGUCCUUUAUUAACCUCUUAGUUUAGUGAUUUCUAUCAAAUCUAAAAUGUUCUUGUUUUUUCUAGCCUUUUUUCUUAUUUUCCGUGCUGGCUACAUACUCCAAUUAUAAAAAUUAUUGUUCAUAUAAGUUAAAAUGCUUAUCAUUAAAUAUUUUCUUCAUAGCAUUCUACUUGCGAGCUUAAGCCAAAUUUGGUUUAAACUAAAGCAAGUUAACUUAAAUAUGAUAUACAUUUUAGGGAGAGCAUUAAAUGUAAAAAUCAGUGCGAUUAGUGUGCUUCCCAUUGCUUAGCAUUACCAUAAAAACAAUAAAGUCCGACUGAAAUGGGUUUGAGCUGUAGCUGUAACCAUUCAAAAUUAAACAAUAAAUUCAAAUAAACAGGGACAUAGACCGUAUAUGUUGUAGCUGCAGAUUAUAACUGAUCUUAAGAUAAGUUUUUGAACACUAUAGAUUGUGUUUAUUAAUCAAUGCCUCGAUGCUAAAAGUUAUUAUAAUAGUAUAAACAAAUGACAAACUACUUAGUUUUGCACAAAGAGCCAGCCAAGAGUUUUAAAUACAUUAAUUUCACUCAUCUUUCAAAAUGUAACUUGAACUAUUGAUAACAAUCUUAUUAUUGAUGGUUUUAUUGACUGCGAUCACUAAAAAACCCAUUCCCCAGUCAUUGAAAAACUACAGAAUACGCAAUGACGCGAAAGUUCAUUAUGGUGCGCCCGUAGACGGUUUAAAUUUGCAUGAUGUUUCAUAAUGCAACUUUAAGAAGUGUUUAUGUUUUGACAUAAAUAAGACUUAAACACAAGAUACGACUCGAAAAAAAAAUUAAACAACAUAAACCCUUGAAAACUAUAUUACAUUCUACCAUAAGUUAUUGUUGUAUCUCAAACAUAGGAGACGAAAUCUGUAAGCAAUUAUGCAGAAUACAGAACUAAAAUGUUAUAAAAUGCAUAAUUUUUAUUUUUCAUAAGUAAUUUUUCAUAUUUUGAAACCCCAUGAAAUCCCAAUUAUGAUAUAGUUUAUUUUUAAUAAAUUUUAAACUAACAUUCUCAUUAAAAUAAUUCUAUGCUGGUAUAGUAAACACUCUAAUGACAUAGGAAAAAAGGCAGAAACAAUCAUGCAGGCGGGCGUGAGUUUAACGAAAACAGGUUUAAUGAUUAGAUCAAUGUCUAGUAGAAAAACGUCUAUACGUUGUGAUAUGUUAUAAGCAUCAAAAUGAAUGAAAAUAAGUCACCCUAUUAGAAUUGAAAUAGAAUAAUACCCAUGAUAAGAUAGCCUGUCUCCAAUUAUUCUACGCGACCCAUUUUUCUAAAACAAACUCUAUGCUUUUAACUUAUAAAUGUAGUUGACAUUUCAGCUAAUUUAUUAUCAUUAAAUCAUGUCAUUAAAUAUUUUCUAGAAGUGUAUCACUACAAACUAUUAUUUGUGUAGAAGUUUUUUUUUAUUUCUUGUUAUUGGGAUUUGUAUUAGAGUAUAUUCAUUCAGCAAAUAUUCAUUAAUUUUAAUAAUUGCAUUUUUGGCAUUUGGAAAUAAUUUUUUUUAUAUUUGCUGUAGCGUUUAACAAUUAAAUCAAAAUCGCCUAAACAGCACGAUUAAAACAGUAUCUUGUUUGCUGAUUGUGUUCCUUCCGUACAGCAUAGUUAGUAAAGAUUGAAUUUUCAAUUAUUAACUCUACGUCACAGUAAAAACAAUGGUGUAAUCAAAUCAAAUCUGAGAAAUCAUACCUUGUUUAGACUGGGAUAUCAAAUCAAAUUGAAGGCGCGAAUCAGCUUAAUUGGUGAAAAAAUAAUCUGAAUUGAGGAUACAACAGUGAAACAAUACUAUCUCUAAACAAUAUAGUAGCAAUAUUAACAGAUUCAUCUUCAUAUAUGAAAUCAAAAAGAUCCCUAGCGCAACAACUUAAAGAGUAGCAAGGAAAAUCAUGUUGAUAUCCAAAUUAUCUUAAAGAAUAGAAAGCCCAAUCACUGGUAUGGAACAGAAAAACGGUUAAACAAUUCAAAAUACUGAAUAUUUUGAGAACUGUCGUGAUUCAUUGAUUAAGACGCUCGCAUCAAAAUUAUAAAAACAACAUUACAUCCUGAAGAAGAUUGAAUCCAGGAAUCAAACAUUUAUGAUCCAACAAUAAGUAUUGUAAAGCUGGGAUGGGAAAUGCUAAGCAACUAAAUGCUCAAAAUAAAAAAAAACAUAGAAUGAUUGUGACGAGUCUGGUUAAGAAAUAUGAAAAACAUAUAAAGCCA